ACCGGUUUGACCACCCUCUGCCACCAUGAUACUUGCAGCUCCGAAGCGACAAACAAAACAUCCAAGUUCAGCAUCUUUGGCACUUGCGAUCUCACGCCAGAAGCCAGGCAACCAUGGCUACUCAGGCCCAGUUAGACGAGAAAGCUCGCGCGAAAGCUGAGGCUCCUCAACCUUCGGUGUAUACUGCAGCAACACCAGCACAGAUAGCAGAAAAGGGAAGAAGAGACCCGCUAGAAGAUAUGGCGACACAAGCACAGUUGGAUGAGAAACGUCGAAACGAAAUGUCGUCGGCAUACCCGUCCCAAUUCCAUAACCACGCAACCCCAGCGCAGCUUGCAGAGAAGGCAGGCCAUCCACGAGCUUCGGUGGAACAUAUGGCGACGCACGCACAAUUGGAAGAGAAACGGCUCAAUGCAUUGGGAGGAUCAUUUCCUUCUGUUCCUCCUCCACCCCCUCCUCGAACGUCCCAGCUUCAACCCUUUCACGCUACCCCUCCUGCAUAUAAUGCCAAUGACGCCAAAAGGAGUAAAAUGAUAUCUGAACAAUGGCGGUCGCAUGAUCCCCGGUCAUCUUCUACCCACUCUCUGGUACCUUUGGAGUCGACGAGGGAUGGACGUCGAACAUUACUACUAGUAUUCAUUCAUGGAUUCAUGGGAAAUGAGACUAGUUUUCAAAGCUUUCCAGCACAUAUUCACAACCUCCUCACAAUCACAAUGGCGGAAACUCAUAUUGUGCAUACGAAAAUUUACCCACGCUAUGAGUCUAGAAGAGCCAUCAACUUUGCUAGUGAUGACUUUUCUAAAUGGUAGGCCCUAACCUUUCCUCGAGCAUAUCUAGCUAACAAACUUGAAGGCUGGAACCACACGAGAAUGAUGCCACGGAAGUCGUCCUACUUGGCCAUAGUAUGGGAGGUAUUUUGAGUGCUGAAGUUGUUCUGCAGAGGCCAUUCCCACCUAUCGAUGGCAGACCACUUCGGCAUAGGCUUCUAGGUACAAUUAAUUUUGAUACUCCCUUUUUGGGUAUGCAUCCGGGAGUAGUAGGGGCAGGCCUAAGCAGUUUGUUUCGACCUGCUGAUCCACCUGCUGCCAAAUCUCCUCCUGCCUCCACCAGUGGCGCAAACUCACCAUCAAUGAGUAGUCAGGCUUCUAUUAAUUCAUCGUUCCAAGGCCACACGCCUUCAAUAGCAGGAUCAUAUUCGAGCUCUCAAAUGAGCUUGGUGCAAAGUAUCACCUCACCUGGUGUAAAUGCACCGUCAAAUGAUCCCUUUUUCAACGCUCCCUUUCCAAAUGAUGUUCGUCUGCCAGAGAGAAAAGGCAUUUCCAGCUUGCUACACUUCAUAAACAAGCACUCGGAUGGCCUCACUGGAGCUACCAAGGAUUAUUUCAUGUCACACAUCGAGUUUGGCGGAGUUAUGGCAGAUUACACUGGUCUGAAAAUUCGCUAUGAAAACCUUCGCAAAUUGGAAGACGUGGACGACAUAACUAGACGCCCGGGUCAAACUGGCUCACAAAACAUGCGUGUGAGGUUUGUGAAUUAUUAUACUGCAAGCACUGGAAGACCGAAACCCCCCAAGUUAUCCCCGACACCCUCUGUUGAGGUACUGGAGGACGAGGCAAAGACUCUUCAAAAUCUCAAAGACGGGCUAAACGGGCUAGGAUUAAACCCCAUAGAGCAUGACUCUUCGCAGAAAGCACCGACCAUUCUGGUUGAGGAACACGGCGAUGGAGCAGUCACGCCUCGGCCGCUCGAGGCAAACGUUGAAACACCUGAUAUGUUCCCCAUCAGGGCGCAAAUACAGAAUCUGGGUGAGAAUUCAGGAGUACAAGAAAAUUCUGUCGAGUUGACUGAGAUGCAACAUAUCGACUCUAUGCCCAUUCCAGAUGACGAUUUGGAAGAGCCAGUAGCUCCGUCAAACGAGGUUUCAGAUAGUCCAGUCCAGGAGGUCAAAUCAGAGGGCUUUGAACCACCUCUGCCCCCAAUACCCCAUAUUCCCAUUGAGCCAGAGCCGAUUAACCUUGACCUCUACACAGAUAAAGAUUCUCGCAAAAUCGCAGAAAAGGAGUUCAAGAGGGUCACCAAAGUUUAUCAGCAAGCAAUCAAAGACCGCGAGAGUGCUAUCAAGGAUAGGCGCAAGUUGGUUGAGAAACGCGAGAAAAAGGCUCGGCAAGAACGAGAAAAAGUGCAGAAGGCGGAAGAAAAGCAACGCCUUAAGAAGGAGAAAGAAGAGCAGAAGAGAUUGGCUACAGUAAAUCCUGAGAAGGCCCCAGAGAGAAAAGCGCCGGCCACACCGUUAGCUGUUGAUGACAAGCCCAUGCGGGACAGGAAGUUUUGUAUUCUUCCCCCUAAAUAUGGAGGCGAGAGGGAUGAAUGUUGGGUCAGAGUGUAUAUGGAGGGAGUUGACGAGGUGGGUGCUCACUGCGGCCUUUUCUUCCCAGGCCCUCAAUAUGAAAGCUUGGUUGGUGACGUGGGUGCUCGGAUUGGGAAAUGGGUCGAGGAAGAUGCAACAAGAAGAGCUAUCUUGGACGCUGAGAUGGCUGAUUGA